AGAUUUAACCCCAACUUCUCUUCCCCUACCCUACCCAUACCAAUACCAUACCAAUACCAUACCAAUACCCAUACCAAUACCAUACCAAUACCAUACCAUACCAUACGAAUAUCAUCCCAAUACCCAUACCAAUACCAUACCAAUACUAUAUCAAUACUAUACCAAUACUAUAUCAAUACUAUACCAAUACUAUACCAAUACUAUAUCAAUACUAUAUCAAUACUAUAUCAAUACUAUACCAAUACUAUAUCAAUACCAUACCAAUACUAUAUCAAUACUAUACCAAUGCUAUAUCAAUACUAUACCAAUACUAUACCAAUACUAUACCAAUACCAUACCAACACCCAUCCUAACAUCAUACCAACACCCACCCCCACCCCUCCAACAGGCCUCUACCCAGAGAGCCACGGCAUCGUCGGCAACUACAUCUACGACGACGUGAGAAACGCAACUUUCGCCCUUAACGACCUCGAGUCAACCAAGGACGCGCUGUGGUGGCAGGACGCGGAGCCGAUCUGGAUCACGGCGACGAAAGCCAAGAUGGAUACCGCCCUCUUCCUGUGGUCGAGCUGCGAUGUUCCUUGGGAAGGGAACGUGCUGCCGAAGUACUGCACUCCGUAUGAACACGUUGCAGAUGCCUUUCAAGUUUUGCAGAAGAACCUCAAACAGGGCGUCGACAUGAUCGAGCAGGAGGGAUACAAGCUUGUCAUGGUGUACGUGGAGCUGAUCGACACGACCGGGCAUCGUUACGGCCCUGAGUCCAGCGAGGUCGAAGAAGCACUCAAAGCCGUCGACUCCGCUCUGGAAGAACUGUGGGAUAUCAUGGCUGAGAAUGACAUACUUAAUACGACGAACGUGGUGGUAGUGAGCGACCACGGCAUGGCGAAGGCAACCCCAGACGACGUAACCUGGCUGGACGUCGCGACUUGCCUGGAUGGUUCGAAAAUCGUGAAGACCACAGGCCGUGUGGGUUAUAUCAACAUUCUCCCUGUGAAGGGCUACACGGACCAGGUGGAGGAGGAGCUGCGAAACUGCCCGGGCGUGUCUAAGAACAUCGAAGUGGUGAGGAAGGAGAACAUGAAGGAACGUUACCACUACAAGGACCACAGACUCAUCCACGACCUCACUAUUAUGCCUAAGCUAGGUUACGCCCUCAAGAGCCCCGAAACCAACUACUCCCUGCCAGAGCAAGAAUCUGAGAGCAUAGGUCACCACGGCUUCGAUAACACUGUAGACCAGAUGCCGGACAUGAGGGGGAUCCUGUUCGCCACCGGGCCCUCCUUCACCUCGGGGCACCAAUCAAGAGCAGUGAGCCAGGUGGACGUGUACCCCCUGCUGUGCCAAGCCCUCCAGCUUCAGUGCCACCCUAACAACGGCUCCUUGGACCGCAUAGCUGACUUCUUCGCUCUCAGGACCAACACCACCAGCGCCGCCUCCGCUAUGCCCUGUGUCCUUCUUAGGGUGUUUCUCAUAGGCCUAGGUCUUGUGAUGUGGGUCGGCGGCGGAGUGCAGGUGUGAGGGCGUAGGGACAAGGGUGAGGGAUUGCUGAUAAGGGUGUCGAAGACUGGGAAUUAGGGAGAAGGGUGAUGAAGAUGAAGAAAAAGAGAGCCAAGGGUGAUGAAAAAGAAGAAAAUGAGCCAUGGGUGAUGAAAAUGAAGAAAAGGGGCCAAGGGUGAUGAAAAUGAAGAAAACGGGAGAAGGGUGAUGAAGAUGAAGAAAAAGAGAGCCAGGGAUGAGUGAAGAUGAAGGAAACAGAGACGGAGAUCCAACCAAGAGUGGGUUUUAAAGGUCCUUAAAGUUGGGGCCGAAACAGAGAGUGUGUUAAAGGGCAGCCGUGUUAGAGGAUCUAAUAAUGUCAACGUGUCCGAGUUAAAGGAAAUAGAUUAUUUAAUAAUUUUCUUUAUUUUUUUUUUUUUCCUUUUUUCGUUUUUUUGAAUUCGAUAGGAUUCUUGGAUUAUUUGAUGCAAUUACAUUAGUGUGGUAGUAGUGAGAGCAGUAGCCAAAGUGUUGGUAAAUAAUAUUAACUUUCGUAAGUGAUAAUGAAAUAAUAGUGAUGGUUUUGAUAUACUUGGUUAUAAUGCACUUAGGCUUUACAGCUUCAAAAAGGAUGCAAACUCGGUGUAUAUUUUGUUUUAUAUAUCAUUAUUAUUGUUUGUCUUUUUUUUUGACAAAUCUUGUGUAAACAGGAGUAUUUUUCGGAGGGAUAAAAGUUUCACCAGAAACGUAUUUAAUAUGGGCAUUCCCAUUUCCUUUAAUGGUUCUAAAAAAAACGAUCAGUGAAUCGGUAAUUUAAACUCAUAUAAAAGACAGCAAUUUAUUUAGUGUGCAAUAUAUUCCGUCCAGGAUCGUCUUCAGCUCUCUGCACUGACUGCAUGCAUUUUUUCUGUUAAAUACUUGCAAACGUUGUUGUUAUAUCCCAGAAUUGUUAAUUUAGUGAUAGUGCUUCCUAGUUCUAUGGUCACGUGUCGAUUUGUAAAUGCCACCGUCUCUGUACAUGGUUUUAAGCAAAACGAAUUUCUUGCUUGUUACAAAGCCAAUAUAGGUGUCUAUGCAAUAACCAUUUAUGAAAAAAACAACAUAAAAAAGUUCAGAAAUGGGCUUUCCACUUAUCAAUUAUUAUGAUCAUGACACGAUAAUUUCUCUGAUUACUAUUGAACUUAUACGCUGUAGUGGUUCGAAAUUGUGUAUUGGGUAAUAUAUUAUGUCUCCAAAAUACAGCUUGAUUUGGACAC